GGCGGAGCACUGCGAUUGGAUGAGCGUGGAGCUGAACCCGUGUUGUACAGUGAAAAAAAGACAAGUCGCCGAUAACAAACAAAAAAAACACCCGCUGCGGCCGCAUGAGGCCAACUAAAGGAACACUCGCACUUUCCGGACUUACAUUAUAAAGAUUUCGGAUGUCACGAUGGCUGCGAAGUUCACUAUUUCAGACAGUGAGUCCGGGUCAGAAGAGGAGGUAAAAGAGGAAGAGAACGACCAAUCAUCAGCUGUGGAAGAGCCGCAUGUUCCCCAACGACACAGCUUAACCCUACCAGAGCUCAGACUGGCAGGGACUGGUCGGAUCAGGUUGAACUCAGAGUCCCACGCUUACACCGUCUCCAGGGACGAAGAGCUCCAGGCCAGGGGGGAAGAAGAGGCUGGCACCCCCACGGAAGGAGCGCCAUUCAGGGGACGAUCAAAAUCGGCUCCCCCUGCCUUGUGGGCAGCUAAAAAAUACGGCCGGCAGCUCCGGAGGAUGAGCGACGAGUUUGACAUCCUGCUUGACAAAGGGGAGAUGAAAAAAGUAAGAAGCCCUGGGCCAGCCAAACAGAUGCACCACUCCAAGAGUUGGUGGAGCUACCUCUUCAGCCACCAGGAGACAGAGGGAGAGAACAACCACCACGAAAACCACACCCACCGCAAUGAGUAAGCACUGAGAGACAAGCCUGGCUGAUACAAGGUCCGAGUGAUGGAGGAGUCGACGAAACUGAGCAGGAAGCAACUGGGAAGCCAAAAGAUCAAUUGAAAGGUUGCUUUGAUCAAAAAAAAAAAGAGAGAGAGAGAGAGAGAGAGAGAUCCAAACAAAAAGGUAUGACUACUGCAGGAUCCUAGUCAUGUCAUUUUAUACGUCAUUGAUAACUACAUUUGAAUAGAUUUUGUAUUGGUGUUGGUUGUGAUGUAAAUGGUGUUGGUGGGCAGCCUACUGUGAAAGGGUGAUCGCCAGUCAAGCAUGAGUAUCGACUGUAAGCUAUCGUGACCCCCCCCCCCCCCCUCCAUAGACCGGGUGAAACGGUGGACCAAGAGAGAGGAGAUGUUGUCCUCGAUACACAAAGAAAGACUGUUCAUGUGAAGAUUUUAUCGGUGACCACUUUACAGAUGCUUACUACUUUAGCUGUCUCGCUCAUCCAAAAUAUGCAACAUACUGUAGAUGGCGAGAUAAAUGCUCUGAAAUCCAGACUCCUGAGGCCACCUUGUGUGCUGUUAGAAUUUCCUCUCUUUUUAAAGAGUUAAUGUCGAUGUUUUAUUAAUGCUUGUUACUCCAAGUUUUGACGAACGCAAGCGAAUGGAGACAGCUGUAUUAGUGUGCCAAAACAAUCUGCAGGCAACAGCGGUUUUAAAAGGAAGGAUUUCUUUAAAUAUUCAACUAGGGCCUUUCUUUUUUUUAUUCUUUUUUCUUUUACAGCUUCCUGCUCUGCUACCUGCGAGACAGUACCAUUUUUCAACAUCAGUACUUGACUAUCACGAACUGCUUUAUGCCUGAAAUAAUCAAAAGAAGAACAAUCUUGUACAAGGACAAUCUCUGAUGCAGAAAAAAUAUCUUUUGUAAAACUUCAGGGUUAGAUUCUAUCUAAAGAAAAUGAAAUGAAACAUACGUAUAAAAGCACAAACCAAUAUGAAUAUAUCUUUUUAAAUCCUUGGAUGAGCAAAAAAAAAAAAAAAAAAAAAAAAAAAGAA